AUGGCUUCUUUCUGCAAGACGGCAGCAGCAGUGUGCCUCGUCGCACUCGGUGUGCUCCAAUCAGCGGCACAGCAGGACACUAACGAGGGAGGGGGGGGUUCUACAGCGUAUAAAUUUAAGGUAGUGGAUGUAGAUGAAGACGCCUACUUGUCCGCCAACUUGGCCCGGAAUGGAAAGCUCCCAGUUCACAUCAGUGAGGUCACAAAGGACGAAAGCCUCGUCACUGAGUUGACGGCAAAAGUAGCACCCGAAGAACAGCAAACUGCGCAGAACUGCACUGCAUUGAUAACCACCGAACUGAAGGAGCGCUUCCAUUACUCUUUUGAGCACGAAUCCGAGUCGGAGGCCAGUUUCGACUACCGUCAAUUGCUGCAGGGAGCUCUUGAAGCGGGACUGAAAGUCUUCAAGUGA